UUCUGAGGUGGCGGUGGGGUCGUUCGUGUCCCGCGAAUAGAUAACCCCUUUCGACCAAAGAGUCAGCAGAGUGCAAAGGGGUGAACCCCGUGCACUCGUGUCCCCCCUUCCUUUUGAGUGUGCCCCUCCUCCAUGUUGUACGGAUUUUGGGAGUAGUUCCUGUACAAAGGACUGCUUUGAAGUCAAGACUGUGAAGUUACGUUGCCUGCCACGUUUGCUUGGAUCUCUCAUUUUUUGGAAGCUUCCUGCCUCAAAAUAGCGAGAAAUAAUUUCAUUGAUAUUGGACAAUUGAACAACUGGAUUUUGAAGAGCGCUUCAGGAGCCAUCAGAAAGGAUAGCAAGGAGGCUGAAGACAAAUUUAGCUUCAUUUUUCAAACAAGCCCUGAGGAUGGCAGAAGAAGCCAAUCAUGUCCAUCCAGUGUUUGAACUGGCAGAGGAGAAUGAGGGCAAAUGGAAUAAUCAUUCCAGGAUCUCUCUGGAACAUAUAGGAAAAAGCACAGAUAUCAAGGCUUAUGUGAUAAAGAAAGUGAAGAAAAAUUGCAGCUGUAGCCCAGCUAAAGCCAAAGAUCUGAUUUUCAGUUUUCUCCCAGUACUGACAUGGCUUCCCAAGUACAAACUGAAAGAAUAUUUCUUGGGGGAUCUUAUGUCUGGCAUAAUUGUAGGAAUUUUGCUGGUUCCGCAAUCCAUUGCUUAUUCCCUCUUGGCUGGCCAAGAACCUAUCUAUGGUCUGUACACAUCAUUUUUUGCCAGCAUAAUUUACUUUCUGUUUGGAACAUCCCAUCAUAUCUCUGUUGGCAUUUUUGGUGUACUCUGCUUGAUGGUGGGAGAAGUGGUGGACCGUGAAGUGCAGAGAGCUGGAUACGAUUUAGUACCUGAUGCUUCUAGCAGUUAUCAUUCUGAUAUGAAUGACCUCAUAAAUAACACAUUGGUGUCUUGGACUGCCAACCAGACUUCACAAAUAUUAUGUGAUAGGAGUUGCUAUGCAAUUACUGUUGGAGCAACAGUGACUUUCAUUGCUGGGGUUUAUCAGGUUGCUAUGGGCUUCUUCCAGGUGGGCUUCGUCUCUGUGUACCUCUCUGACUCCUUGCUCAGCGGAUUUGUUACCGGUGCUUCCCUCACCAUCCUUACCUCACAAGCCAAAUACCUCUUGGGCCUAAACAUUCCACGGAGUAAUGGCAUUGGUUCCCUUUUGACGACAUGGAUAAACAUAUUCAAAAACCUCCAUAAGACCAACAUCUGUGACCUCAUCACCAGUUGCUUGUGCCUUCUUGUUCUUAUCCCAACAAAAGAGCUGAAUGAGCGGUUCAAAUCAAAACUCAAGGCUCCCUUGCCCACUGAGCUCUUCGUGAUCAUAGCAGCCACACUGGCUUCUCAUUUUGGGAAGCUGAAAGAGAAAUAUGAUUCCAGUGUGGCUGGACACAUACCAACUGGAUUUCUGCCACCACAAUCACCAGAUUGGAGUCUAAUUCCCAGCGUGGCUAUGGAUGCAGUGGCCAUAGCCAUUAUUGGCUUUGCCAUCACUGUAUCUCUUUCAGAGAUGUUUGCCAAGAAACAUGGCUACACAGUUAAACCCAACCAGGAAAUGUAUGCCAUUGGUUUCUGCAACAUCAUCCCGUCUUUCUUUCAUUGUUUCACAACCAGCGCAGCCCUAGCCAAGACUUUAGUUAAAGAGUCAACAGGCUGUAGGACUCAGAUCUCUGGUGUGGUGACUGGUUUGGUCAUCUUGUUAGUUCUGCUUGUGAUUGCUCCCCUGUUCUAUUCACUCCAGAAAUGUGUGCUAGCAGUCAUAACCAUUGUCAAUCUCAGAGGAGCCUUGCGAAAAUUUGGUGACCUGCCAAGAAUGUGGCAGUUAAGCAAAAUUGACACAGUGAUCUGGUUUGUCACUAUGUUAUCUUCAGCACUAAUAAGCACUGAACUUGGUCUUCUUAUUGGGGUCUGUUUUUCAAUGAUAUGUGUCAUUCUGCGGACACAAAACCCAGAAGGACAGCUACUUGGUUUGGUACCAGAAUCUGAAAUCUAUGAACCCCUCCCUGCCUACAGUGGCCUUCAAGUUAAGGCAGGCAUCAAAAUUUUUCGCUUUGAAGCACCAAUAUACUAUGCUAACAAAGAGAACUUUAAGUCCAUGCUAUACAAAACGACUGGAGUCAAUCCUUCAUUGGAACUGGCAGCAAAGAGAAAGCUAGAAAAGCAGAAGCUUACUGAAAAAUCAGAUGGUGCUAGCAGAAAACAGGUCGAAACUUCAGUGCAACUUGUCUCUCAGCAAAUAGAAUUCCAUACGCUAGUAAUAGACUGCUGUGCAGUUCAGUUCUUGGAUACAGCAGGGAUCCAUACCCUCAAAGAAGUUCGAAAGGAUUAUGGCGAAAUUGGCAUCCAGGUGCUGCUGGCUCAGUGUAAUCUUUCUGUGAGGGACUCCUUACAGCGAGGGGAAUAUAUUAAAAAGGGAGAGAAGCAUUUUCUCUUCCAUAGUGUGCACCAAGCUGUGGAAUAUGCACUGUAUACCUAUAGGCAUAAUGGAAGCAGUUCCUCUGAAAUGUAAUGUAAGUAAAAGCUUCAUGUUUAAUGAGACCUACAAUGCUGGGCAUUGUAUAUCUCACAAAGUGGUAAAGGACUAUUCCUUUUUUUCACAUCCUGUUGAUCAUACAAGAUUAUAAACAAAUAUGUUUUUACAUUUUAUUUUGCUCUGCUGAGUAGACCACUGAGGAAAUAGUGAUGAAUGCUAUGAAUGAGGUGGUGUGGAUAACUACAUUCAUAACUUGUGCUUGGCUAGAAGAAAUACUCAGAAGUUUAGUGAGCCUCACGAAAUGGGUCCUUCUGGUUUGGAUGCCUUUAGGGCCCAAAGUUUUUAUCCCACCCUGUGCUGGGCAGGUAGUGUGGCCUUUCAGGAUACUCCUUUUUUCACAGAAGGAAAGAUUUCUGCUUCCUUAUACUCUACCCCCCCUCUCCUUCUUGCCCUCCAUUGGUACCUCUCAGGGGAAUACUUCUGAAUUAUGUGGGUGUGUCAUGGUACGCUAUUUGGGGAGGAGAGAGUAUUUCAGAAAAAUUGAAGUCCAUCUGAUUUGGGACAUUUCUCCCCACUUUAGGAAUCUCACCCCACAUGCUGAGAAAGGCCCCCAGGAUAAGCUGUUUGUGGAAUUAGGUGGCCAUAGUCAUGGAGUAGGGAAGAGAAGGUGUUUCUGUCAACAUCUCCAUUCACUUUCCUUAAGUGUGAAGACCAUGUUGUUUUAUUGAACUGACAAUUUCAACUUGAGUUUUCUUCAUAAUUCAAGACAGAGCAAUUUGGAUUCUGAUUUUUUUAUGCCUUAGUCUGUCUAAGAAAUGACUGAAAAUAUAUGUAUACCUGAGUUCUAAAAUGAACCUGAGUUUUGAAAAAGGUUUUAUUACCUGUUUUUAAAUCAAUCAUAUGCCUUUAUUGGGUUUCAAAGGCCAUAUCAUUGGAUAUUACAUAUUUUAGAGUUUUAGGUGUGUCAUUUGAAAUACACUCUAUGAAGCCACUAGAUACUUAGUCUGUUUAGAUAUUAUUUAGGAAACAGAAACAUUGACUUCUUUUAGCAAAAUGAAUGGAUGCUGGCCAGGGUAGUUAGAACAUGUAAGCUCUUCCUCUGUCUGCCCCUCAAAAAAGAUCUUCCAGUACUGGUGAAUAAUCAUUUUUCCAGAUAUAGACUUUCAUUGUACUUUUUUUCCUGUAUGUUCCCCAAAACUUUGCAGAAAUAAGACAUAUUAAUUCUUUUGAAAUUCUCACAGGAUAGAUAUAUGAAACACUAACUGAAAAUGAAAUAAAAGUUUUAUUGACACAUCUUAAAUCAGAAAUUCCUUUCCAUUACUUAUUUCAGUGCUAGAGCUUUUGUAAAGGGUAUUGAGGGUUUUUGAUUCUGGUGGAACAGGGCUUUGCUUAGAUAUAGAGAAACUUUGCAAUUUCUGCAUUGCUACUAAUAGUUUUCUUGGCACAAAAGGGAAGGGCUGUAACCAUUAUUAAAGAAUAAUUCCUUUACAGUCUCUUUUGGAAAGAAUUGAAAUCUGUCACAGAUAACAGCAAAGGUAAAAUGUCUAUUGAGUUACAGAGUUUAUUGCCAAAAUAGGAUUAUUCCCUGCUUCCCAGAAGCAUAUCGUAAUUAUCUAUGUCUGAAUAAUGGAGCUAAGAUCCACAAAAUAUAUAGAACUUUGAUAUUUAAAAAUCUGAACAAUUUUAAGCUUAUUUCAUUGACUUAGAAAGAAACUUUCAUUUUUUCUAAGUGAUCUGAAAAAAUGUUAGUGGACUUGAACAGAAGAGAUGGAUAUUCAUAAGACUAAAAGCAGUCAAAGUUUCUCCUACUCAAAGUAUUUCCAAAAAAGGAUCAGAAGGAUGCCCAUCAAUAAAGCAUGAAGGCAUUAUUUUUCUUCUGUGUUCAGUAGUAUCCUGAAGACUUCAUGAAACUAUAGCAACCAGUGGCUCUUUAUAUAUCUUUCCUCUGUGACUUUGUGUAACCCAGAGAUAGGCAGCCAAGUGCCUGGCAGCCCCACUGUACCAAGAAUUCCUCCUUGGGUAGCUGCUGGGCUCUGUGCCCCACCUGGAUAUUUUUAAAUAUUAUUUUAAUUUUAAAAUAAUUACAUGGAAUGUCUCUAGGGCAAGAGGAGAUAGAAUGCUAUAAUUUGCUGGUAAAUCCAUGUUUUGUGACUGGCUGUGCCCAUCUUAACAGCCAUUUUGUGAGAGCACCCAUAACCACCUCUCAAAAUUCCAAACAUGCCCAACAGCUGAAAAGGGUUGCCCAUAUUUAGACCGACCUCCAAAAGCCACCCUAAACUGUGGACACCAUGGUGACUUUGUAAGAGAAAUUCUGUUUGCAAGUGUACAUUUCUUUACCCAUUCCGCUUAUUGCCAGUCAAUUCUGAUGGAUAAUAUUAAAUCCUAAUGUUAUGAAUUAAGGAAGACAAAGGUAUGCCCACCUGCUAUUACGUGCAGUCUGCAAUUUACGGCUAAAUCCCUAGGGGGCACAGUUUACUAGAGAAAUAUCUGCCUGAUUUCUUCUUUUUUUUAAUGAUUAAGAAUCUUCCAUGUCUAACUUCAAAAGAUACAGUAAAUUGCAGUGGGGUUGAAUGCAUUUAUUUGUUUAUGCCUUCUGGGAGAUAAUAAUGCAUUUUCACUGUCACUCUUGUAUAAUAAAUAAUAAUUUUAGGAAGAGGGUUCUUGGCUUUUUUAAGAUUACCAUAAAAUUACUUUCAUUGUUUUAAAACCUUUGAUCUUGUGGAGUACUAUGAAACAAUAUAUUGAAGCCUUAUUAUUAAGAAGAGAAGAAUAUACAUUAUCAUAGUUACUAAAAACAACUCAUAACUGGAAAGCACACUGCACUAAAGAUACUGUAUUGAAAUUGGUGUAGUUCCCUUAAAAUGAAAAGGCCUAGACUGAUUUGGAAAGCCUGUGGUCUUCGUUGUGACCGUCCCCUCCUCUGGUCCUAUUUCCACUGCUUCAUGUUGUUUUCGGUUAGUUUGUCAAGGAAACUGAAGAUAUAUUCCCUCAGAAUUACAGGUCUUCUCGUUUUGAGUUUGCAUUAUAAAAGUCAUAGUUAAGUAGUUUCUACAGCCUUCAAGUUUAUUACAUUCUGAUGGAAGCUUUUUGUUUCACUUGGGAUUGACACCUUUUUCCUUAGAAAUAUUUUGUCCUUAGUAAAUGCACUCUAGGGAGACAGCAGACAGUGUUUAUAUAGCUAUUUUCCAGGGAAGUAGGGAUCUUUGUCAUCCAGUCAUCUUUGAAAAGAACCAUAGAUGUAAAUCCUUCUGAUGUUGCAUCCUGAGAUGAGGAAAUUGUUAGUAGCAGUCCACCAGUGAUUUCCAAAAACUAGUAUGGAAAAUAGUCUUAAGGAAUAAAGCUGUUUUCCAUGAAGGUCCUCAGGAAGCUUAGGUUUAGGAACAGAAAAAUUCAACAGAAAAUUGAUAGGUUCACGCAUUUCAUAAAGGCAUGAGGUAGGGUUUUCUGUCUUAGUAUGUGAUAUGAACCUAGCCACUGUAGCUACCUGGUAAACUCUGGUUAAUCAAAAAACAUGGCUUAGUACAAGUGACAACCUGACUUAAAUAAAAUUAAUGUGAAUGUAGAAAGCUGGAGAUACUAUUUUUAUUAUCACCCUCACUACUGCUGAACUCAAAUUACUUUGUCGUGUGCAUCCAGUGGUUUCUCUCUGUGCACUGCUGGGUCUAUGUCUCCUUGCAAGGUUGAAGUAACUAUGAUUCCUAAUUCCAAAAUCUAACUCCAGCUUCUGGGCCAAAUUAAAGAGUCUUUGCAGCCAUUGGGAUUUGCUCCUGACACCAUAGGAGGACAAUGGUAGUAAAAAGGUGGGAAUUUCAUCUGUAGGACCAACUUUUUUGAAUGAGAUUAUGCAGUCUGCUCAACAACCUGUUGUAUUUAAUGAAGUUAAAAUGAAUUUUUAAUGAGCAAGACUUUUUCCCCCCUACUGAGACCUUUUAAGAUCAAAAAGGCCUCUUACAGCCUUUGCCAUCUGGUGAGAUGGAAGUUAAUUUUAGGGAGAAUGUUUCUGUAUGGUAACAGCAAGAGAAAUUAAUAUCCAUAAAACUUCAAUUAUAAACUCAAUGUGGAAUCUUUUUCCCUCUUAGAGAUGCUGCUUAUAGCUGUUUCUGUUGCUUCUUGAAUAUCUAAUACACUAUAAAUGCUGGCAUUCAAUAAUUGAAUAUAUUUUAAAAUUAUACUUUUAAUAAGUGUCAUAGUACUAAUUUUAAUCUGCAUUUUACAAGUUUGAAACGAUAAACUUUGUAAGCAUUCCUGCUUGAAAACUUUCUCUUAAUUGCCUUGCCACUAUUUUAGUUACAUGAUGUGCCCUAAGCAACUUCGGUGUUUGCUUUUUCGCAGAAAUGCAGAAGUGUGGACCAAAAGAGGCAUGAAUGUGACUUGCAAUGAAUGUAGCUAUUAUUUUUAUCUCUCUGCCUUGCUAAUUUAUUUUUUAAUAGAUCUUUCUUUCAUUUGCAAAAAUAUUUUUGAAAGGCUGCUACAAUUUUUUUCCCCACAGGAUAUGCUCUAUAUCUUCAUUUGCAAGCAUUUUACACUGUAUUCUCCUAAUGGUAGUACAGGUAGUCCUCACUUAACAACCACAAUAGGCACCAGAAAAUUGGUUAAGGGGGGAAGUCAUUAAGCGAGUCAACACGUGACAGGACCUGAUCUUACGACCAUUUUAUGAUGGCCGCUAAGUGAAUCACUGCAGUCAUUAAAUGAAUCACAUGCUCGUUAAGCAAAUCCAGCUUCCCCAAUGGAUUUUUUUUGUCAGAAUU